UCAAAGCAACAACCCCUCUCUUCUGAUUUUUCCACGCACCAUUCUCACUCACCCGUCUCCUCCUCCUACAUUGGUAGUUGGGUUCUUCCCUCGAGAACGGUAGAUAGAAGAAGCUAGAAAAGACUCGUAUAUAACAAACCCACAGAUUCUGAUCUUUAUCACUCUCUCUCCAACCCUUCUCCACAAACCUACAAACACACGGACACUCAUGGCACCGAAGAACGAGGAACCCACUAAGAAGUUUGUGAAUAGAGGAGCGUGGACGGCCGAGGAAGACCAGAGGCUGGCUCAGUAUAUUGAAAUCCAUGGUGCAAAGAAGUGGAAAUUAGUUGCAGCCAAAGCAGGUCUGAAUCGGUGUGGGAAGAGUUGCAGGUUACGAUGGUUGAAUUAUCUCAGACCCAACAUCAAGCGAGGCAAUAUCUCAGACCAAGAAGAAGACUUGAUACUUAGACUCCAUAAACUCCUUGGGAACAGGUGGUCAUUGAUUGCUGGAAGACUGCCGGGACGGACGGACAACGAGAUUAAGAACUAUUGGAAUUCUCAUUUGAGCAAGAAAAUAAACCAGACGAAACCAAAACCACAACCAUCUGAAAGUUCAACGACCACAGAUGAACCUAAAUCCGAAAAAUCUUGGGAAGAAAUAGAUCAACUCGAAGUGAGUGAAAAAAGUAACAAAGAAGUUGGAGAAUCAGAUACCAGUUUUAACGUGGACGACUUCUUUGAUUUCUCAAGCGAAGAGUCCUUCACUUUGGAGUGGAUGAACAAAUUUUUUGAGCUUGAUGAGGGCUUGUAUUUUCAGUGAAGCCAUCACAAAGUGUUUCUCGAAUUAAUUGCAUCUCUUUCUCAUGAAUUUACUGGGAACAAUUGUAUUCUACUUGUAAAAAUUAGUGUGGGAGAAUAAAUCAGAGUAAGGGUUUUGUUUGUCUGGAGCUCAUACUCCUCCUGUCCUCGUCGUGCACCACCCAUGAACCAGCUUUGGUAUUUUGUCUGUAACUCCAAGCUUCUUGACCAUUCAAAGACUUUGAUCGUUUGAUAAUAGAAGACUUGAUCACUUCUGACACAUUAAAAACUCCCAACCAAUAACUUUAUCUGAAUACGGUCCGGUUCUUCUGUGUUUCACAUGCUCAUUGAUAUCUGGACGGAUGGCUGACUUAACAAUC